CGUCAAUUUUUUCAGCUACCCAUGGCAUCAUGGCGGCUGCUUCGUCGGCAGUUCUUAGCAUGUCUUCUGGCAAGAUUUGUGGGGCAAAGCUUCGUGAAUGGCGCUCACCGUCAAGUUGCGCCGCGCUCUGUGCUGUUGGCCGCGCGUGACCCUUGGGCGGUUUUAGAGCUGACCCCUGGAGCGUCUCGCGAUGACGUGAAGAAAGCCUUCAGGGAAAAGAUCCGAAAGGCUCACCCUGACGCUGGCGGCACGGCGAAGGAGUUCAAGGAGGUGAGGGAAGCUUACCAAGCUGCCCUCAACGAAGCUGGCACCGGCACUACUUCAGGGCCAGGGUCCACAGGGCCCAAGGGCUCAACACGUGGAUGGAGCAUUUCCGACUUCUACAGAUGGCGGCGAGAGCAGGUCAACAAGCAGAAAGUUGAAUGGGAUAAGGACGCCGCUGGCUCCGGUCAUCACUGGUGGAGCUCUGCUGAGCAACGAGCGGAGCAGAAAGAACAAGCGCGGGCCAUGGAUGAGGAGCCACAACCGAGAGGGCGCCCUCGAGACGGAGCUGGAGCGAGAUCUGAACGAAGGACAGAGAAAAGGGCCAAGGAAAAGCGGACAAGGUCAAGCCGAGAGCGCUUCGAGGAUGACUCGGUUCGAGAAUGGAAUGACUUUCUGUCGAAACGAGGCCGCCCAGUGAAAGAAAAGACCAGCGUCGCAACACGCGCCACACGGCGCAGUGAGAAGAUCAAGGAUCCCGUGGUGACCCAUCGAUCCAUCGCCACCAUGGAAGGCGAUGUGAGGGUGCCUGUCUUCCGCUCCAGAAGUGGUCGGUGCUACUAUGUGUCGCCACUGACCAACCGGGAGGUGACCGUCCCAUCGUAACAAAAAGA